AUGGUGGAGAGAUUCUUCCCGACGAAGUCGAGCUCCGGCGGCCGGCGGGAAAAAAUGACUCUCCUCUCCGGCCCAAUUUCAUCAGGCAAAACAUCUCUGCUCUUCCAAUACGCUCUCAACGUAGCGAGUGCUUCUCCAAGCAACCGCGUCGUCUUCAUCUGUCACCGGAAAAGACUUGAAGCUAAUCCUCCGUUUCUCUCUCAGGGAAUCGAUCCCUCCUCCGAUGUAUUCAAUCGAAUUCAUAUGAAGUAUGUAGAUGAUGAUGAAGGAAUCAGGAGAUACUUUGCUGCGUUUCAUCUUCAUCUGGAUCUCCCAGCUGCUGUUAUAAUCGAUGAUUUUGGUGACUUCUUCACUCAAUUAAACUCCAAUGGGACUCUAAUGAAUUCUUCAAGGGCUAGAGACAUGGCUAUGGUUCGGACUCUCGCUCUAUGCCACAAUGCUAUUACUCAUGCCAAGAAAGCAACUUGCGAACUUUUUAUAUCCGAGACCAAUCCUGGAGACUCCCCGAGAUCGCUGUUCAUCUACAAGCGAUGGAUUACGACAAUCUUUACAAUAAAAGGACAUGGAGAUGGAUCGUUUCUCUUGAGAAGUAAUGGUAAAAGCGCCAAGUAUUCGAUCGCGCUGCAAUAUCUUAUCUUGGAAGAGAUGAUUGAUGGAUUAGCUGAAUGA